CCUUGAACAGCCGUUUGGGGACAGGUGAGCUGACGAAUGCAUGGAUGAGCAGAACAUGCACUGAAGACAUUCCAGGUCCCAGCAGCACCAUCAGGCCCAUUUCCCUUACUAGGCCCAUUUCCUCUCAGAGUUCGCGCCCGGAGGUCCGAAUCAGUCCUGCACACAUUUCACACCAUGGACUGGGAAGUACUGCGUAUUUCUUAUAGAAAAUGACGGCAAUGUUAGAACGUGUAAGUAGGAGUUUGUGAGUGACUUGCAGGAUCUGUGCUGGUACAGUGCCCACUCUCUUUGCACGCUGACUUGCCUCGUUACCAAACCUCCUGGCAGAAACAGGAACAACUAGACAGACCACAUCUUUAUCGUUACAAUCCCAAAGUCCAACACCGCACCUGCAGCUGUGGGCAGAACCAUGAAGUCACUCCCUCUCUCUCGGUCAUGCAGUUUCCGAGAAACAAAACCAAACUCUGUGUCUGUCAUUGUUAGCAGUAAAAUGGCUGAAGGUGGUGGUUUACUGGGUCAGGACCAGUUGAGCUGUGCGAUCUGUCUGGAUCCACUGAAGGAUCCAGUGACUAUUCCCUGUGGACACAGUUACUGCAUGGGCUGCAUUAAGGACUGGUGGGAUCAGGAUGGUCAUACUGGUGGCUGCAGCUGUCCCCAGUGCACAGAGACUUUCACCCCAAGGCCUGUUUUAAGAAAAAACACCAUGCUGGCUGAAGUGGUGGAGAAACUGAAGAAGACAGGACCCCAAGCUGUUCCUCCUGCUCACGGUUACACUGAACCUGAAGAUGUUGCGUGUGAUUCCUGCACUGGGAGAAAGUGCAAAGCCAUCAAAUCUUGUCUGGUGUGUCUGACCUCUUACUGUGAAACUCACCUCCAGCCUCACUAUGAAUCUCCUGCCUUUGAGAAGCACAAACUGAUAAAUGUCACUGGAAACCUGCAGGAGAAGAUCUGCUCUCAUCAUGGCAAACUGCUGGAAGUUUUCUGUCGUACCGACGAGCAGUUUAUCUGUCAUCUGUGUGUGAUGGAUCAACACAAGGGCCAUAAAAAAACCUCUACUGAAGCAGAAAGAAAUAAGAAACAGAAGCAGCUGGGGGCGACCCAGAGCGAAUUCCAGCAGAGCAUACAGGAGAGAGAGAAGGAGCUGCAGGAUCUGAGACAGGCUGUGCAGUCACUCAAGCGCUCUGCACAGGCAGCAGUGGAGGACAGCGAGAGGAUCUUUACUGAGUUGAUCCACUCCAUUGAGAGAAGGUGCUCCGAGGUGAAAGAGCUGAUCAGAGAUCAUGAGAGGGCUGAAGUGAGUCGAGCUGAAGGACUCCUGGAGCGACUGGAGCAGGAGAUUGCUGAGCUGAGGAAGAGAGACGCUGAGCUGGAGCAUCUUUCACACACAGAGGAUCACAUCCACUUCCUCCAGAACUUUAAGUCUCUCUGUGUCCCUGCUGGACCUAGAGACUUACCCAGCUUCACUGUUAGUCCACACAUCUCUUUUGAAGCUGUGAGUAAAUCUGUCUCUGAACUGAAAGAGCGACUGGAGGACAUCUGCAAGGUGGAAUUGGUCAAAAUUCCUGAAUCAGUGAAAAAAGUCCAUACUCUAGAGCCAAUGACCAGAGAGGAUUUCUUACAGUAUUCCUGUCAACUCACGCUGGAACCCAACACAGUGAAUCAGCGCCUCCGUCUGUCCGAGGGGAACAGAAUGGUGACCCACGUGAGAGAGAUCCAGUCAUAUCCUGAUCAUCCUGAUAGAUUUGACUGUUUCCAAGUGCUGUGCAGAGAGGGUCUGUCUGGACGCUGUUACUGGGAGGCUGAGUGGCAUGGGGAUGAAGGGGUUUAUAUAGCAGUCUCAUAUAAAGAGAUCAGCAGGAAAGGUGAGGGCGAUGGCUGUUUAAUGGGACAUAAUGACAAGUCCUGGAGUUUGGACUGCUCUUCUUCCAGUUACUCUUUUUGUCACAACAACACAAUCACUAAAAUCCCUGUUCCCCCUUCCUCCAGAAUAGGAGUGUACCUGGAUCACAGGGCAGGAAGUCUGUCCUUCUACGGUGUCUCUGACACAAUGACCCUGCUGCACAGAGUCCAGACCACAUUCACUCAGCCCCUCUAUCCUGGGUUUUGGGUUGGGCCAGUGGGAUGUUCUGUAAAACUUUGUAAUCUGUAA